UCCAACGUUGAGCGUUCCCACCGAAGCAGCCAUGGAGGGGGCUUCAGUUUCCUCUUUAUGCUCCCACUUCCUCUCUUCUGCUCUUUCUAAGAUCCCCUACCCUCAAAAGGCUCAUCCUCCCUUCUCUGGCCCUUUUCACGGAUCAAUUCCCAUUGCUCGGAUCUCCACCUACUUCCCAGUAGGUUCUCCGGGUCCAAGAAAGAAGAGCAAUGAUAAUACGGUUAAUACUGAGAUUUCGCCUCACCGAGCGGGAAUAGUAUCUGCGGUGAGAUUGUUGAGGAUCGACCAGGGAGGGGCGUUUGCGGAUUUGUUGAACGAGAAGGGGAGGAAUUCAGCAAAGAAUGAGAUGGGUUACGUCGAGAGGACGCUUGGUUUUCGCACGAGAGAUUUGGAUGAUAGAGAUAUUAGACUGGUGACUGAGAUUGUUGGAGGAACUGUACGCUGGAGACGCUACCUUGACCAUCUCAUCAUGUCUCUUUGCAAGGAGGAGGGCAUGUUUAGAAGCAUGGAGCCACUGCUUUUGCAAGUACUUCGAAUUGGGUUUUAUGAGAUUAUCAAGCUAGAAAUGCCCCCAUAUGCUGUUGUUGAUGAGAAUGUCAAACUUGCAAAAAGGGCUUUAAGGCCUGGAGCAGGAAAUUUGGUUAAUGGAAUUUUGCGGAAGCUGCUUUCACUGAAGGAUACAGAUUCGCUUCCCUUGCCAAAGGUAGUCGGUGAUGAUCGUUCACAAGCACGUGCUCUUGCCAUUAUACAUUCCCACCCAGUGUGGAUGGUGAGAAGAUGGAUAAACUUGUGGGGGGUCGAGGAAUCUGUGAAACUAAUGAAUUGGAAUAACAGUAAUCCUUAUUUUGGACUAAGGGUUAACACUGCCAAAGGUUACACAAGAAUUGACCUUGCUAAUCAAUUGAAAUCCUUGAAGGUUCCAUUUGAACUUUCAACAUAUUUAAAGGAUUUUGUUCGACUUCAAACUGGGAUGCAGACUGUAAUACAAUCUGGACUACUAAAAGAAGGUAUAUGUUCAGUUCAGGAUGAAAGCGCAGGUCUAGUUGUGUCAGUUGUGGACCCGCAACCAGGAGAUACCAUCAUUGAUUGUUGCGCUGCCCCUGGUGGAAAGACACUCUUUAUGGCAUCACGUUUGAGAGGCCAAGGUAUGAUAUUGGCAAUAGACAUAAACAAAGGACGCUUAAGAAUUCUUAAGGAAACAUCCAGGUUACAUAAUGUCCAUAAUGUGGUGACUACAACCAAUGCGGACCUUCGUUUAUAUGCCGAAAUGCAUAAUAUUCAGUUUGACAAAGUCUUGUUAGAUGUUCCUUGCUCAGGACUGGGUGUCCUCUCCAAGCGGGCAGAUUUGCGCUGGAAUAGACGGUUUGAAGAUUUUGAGCAAUUGAAGAAUUUGCAAGAUGAGCUCCUCAAUGCAGCUUCCAUGUUGGUAAAGCCCGGCGGUGUGCUUGUGUAUAGUACUUGCUCCAUUGAUCAUCAUGAAAAUGAGGGGAGGGUGGCAGCAUUUCUUCUGAGGCAUCCGGAAUUUGCUGUCAAUUCUGUAGAUGGAUACGUUCCCCCUGAGUUUGUUUCAGAGGAAGGCUAUUAUUUCUCAAACCCGGUGAAGCAUUGUAUCGAUGGUUCCUUUGCAGCUCGGUUGGUCAAAACCUCAAGUUAUACAAGCUAAGUAGCUAAGAUGGUUCGUUUGAUGGAAACAAAUUGUCUCCAAGUGAAAGAAUGGCUAUAUGGAAUGCCUACAAAUUAUUAGUAGAAAUCAGGGCAUCCUUACAUUAUCUUCCAGAUCUAUCAGGUGUGCUAGAAGGAACUCGAGGUAUGCGGUUUAACAGGCACCAUCAGCAGUGAAAAACAAUACAAGAAUGGAUGAACUCAAAGCAACUGAAACUGAUAAUAAACAGUGAGAAACAAUGGAAUAUGAAGAACAGUAUUUGUCAUUAAUUUAUUAGGGAAAAAAACAGAUUUCUGGCAUGCUUUCCAUUUCAAUAUAAAAUAGUAUUCCUUCCAUAUGUAUAAGAUUCUAUUUGUCUAGAGGUUGAUCUCCGUAAAGCUUUUGAUAUGGUUGA